AUGAAGGAGCCCGACGCCAUCAAACUCUUCGUGGGGCAGAUCCCGCGGCACCUGGAGGAGAAGGACCUGAAACCGAUUUUUGAGCAAUUCGGGAAAAUCUACGAGCUCACCGUCAUCAAGGACAAGUACACCGGCAUGCACAAAGGAUGCGCCUUCCUGACCUACUGCGCCCGCGAGUCGGCCCUGAAGGCCCAGAGCGCCCUGCACGAGCAGAAAACCCUCCCGGGGAUGAACCGGCCCAUCCAGGUGAAGCCGGCGGACAGUGAGAGCCGAGGAGAGGACCGGAAGCUGUUUGUGGGGAUGCUGAGCAAGCAGCAGGCGGACGAGGACGUGCGGAAGAUGUUCGAGCCCUUCGGCACCAUCGACGAGUGCACGGUGCUGCGCGGCCCCGACGGCACCAGCAAAGGCUGCGCCUUCGUCAAGUUCCAGAGCCACGCGGAGGCCCAGGCCGCCAUCGCCGCCCUGCACGGGAGCCGCACGCUGCCGGGGGCCUCGUCCAGCCUGGUGGUGAAGUUUGCGGACACGGAGAAGGAGCGGGGGCUGCGGCGGAUGCAGCAGGUGGCCACUCAGCUGGGCAUGUUCAGCCCCAUCGCCCUCCAGUUCGGAGCCUACAGCGCCUACACACAGGCGCUGAUGCAGCAGCAGGCGGCCCUGGUGGCCGCGCACUCGGCCUACCUCAGCCCCAUGGCCACCAUGGCCGUGCAGAUGCAGCACAUGGGCACGGUCAACCCCAACGGGCUCAUCGCCACCCCCCUGCCACCCUCCUCAGGAACCAGCACCCCCCCGGCCAUGGCGGCCACCCCCGUCCCAGCCAUCGCGGCCCCGCUGAGCGUCAACGGCUACAGCCCCGUGCCCGCGCAGCCCGCGGGACCCCCGGCCCCCGACGCCGUCUACGCCGGGGGGGUCCCCCCCUUCCCAGCCCAGAGCCCCGCGGCCCCCGGGGACCCCCUGCAGCAGGCGUACGCGGGCAUGCAGCACUACACUGCCGCGUACCCGGCCGCCUACGGGCUGGUGAGCCCGGCCUUCGCCCCCCCGGGACCCCUGCUCGCCCCCCCGCCCCCCCCGCAGCAGCAGCAGCGCGAAGGUGAGACCCCCUCCGGGACCCCCCAAAACCCCCGAGACCCCCGCAGGGAAGGCCCCGAGGGCUGUAACAUCUUCAUCUACCACCUGCCCCAGGAGUUCGCCGACACCGAGAUCCUGCAGAUGUUCCUCCCCUUCGGCAACGUCAUCUCCGCCAAGGUCUUCGUGGACAGGGCCACCAACCAGAGCAAGUGCUUCGGCUUCGUGAGCUUUGACAACCCCGCGAGCGCCCAGGCCGCCAUCCAGGCCAUGAACGGUUUCCAGAUCGGGAUGAAGCGGCUCAAGGUGCAGCUCAAGAGGCCCAAAGAUGCCAACCGGCCCUACUGA